GUCACAGUAUUUGAUGCCACGACAUGAAUGUCACCGUCCUAACGAGCCUUUACUAAUAAAUACACUUAGUGUACUUAAUCUAAAAUUAUUUGUUAUCUAUUAUUCUGUGGUUAUUAGGAAUUACAAAAAUAGGUUAUAAAUUAGUUUAUAACAAUUAUUUGAAAAAGUAAUUUUUGUUGUCUUAUCUUUUUGAUAAAUUCAUAAGAAUGCUCAUUUGUUGACUAUUUUAUAAGUAAAUUUGUGGAUAACUUUAACGAUAAGCGCAAACUUAGUAUUAUAAAAGUAUAAAACAAUGGGAGAAAAUAUAGAGUUUCCCUUAAAACCCAAGGAAUAUUACAAAUCAAUUUUCAACAAGUAUGAUAGAGACAGGGAUGGUUUAAUCGGUGUAAGGGAGUUAACUGAUCUCAUAGAAAGUAGGGAAUAUGAAGAAGACAUUCCUAAACAUUGUGUUAAAAAAAUUUUAACUAUGCAUGAUCGCAAUGAUGAUAGAAAAUUGGAUUUCGAAGAAUUCUAUGAAAUGAUUCAUAAUCCUAAUCUAAGUUACAUAUUUGGACACUAUGUACAAAGAUACAUUAAUUGGGUAGUUCCCAAAAGACAUUACACCAGACCUGAUGCCACCGAUGGUAUUUAUGAAGAAGAAUAUUCCUGUUAUCCUCCAGCUGUUGGAAUGAUCAUAUUAUCCUUAAUAGAAAUAAUAUUUUUUUGUGUUGAUGAAGCUACUGAAUAUGAUUCUACAAAAUAUGCGACUGGUCCGUGUGCAACGAUAUUUAUUUACGAACCAUCUAGGAGAAGAGAAGUUUGGAGAUACAUAACUUAUAUGUUUGUUCAUGUAGGUGUGUUUCAUUUGGUAAUAAAUCUCUUUGUACAAAUACUUCUUGGAAUACCUUUAGAAAUGGUGCACAAAUGGUGGAGGGUGCUCAUUGUUUACCUAGCAGGAGUUGUAGCGGGUUCAUUGGGCACUUCUAUAAUGGAUCCUACAGUUAAAUUAGCUGGUGCCAGUGGAGGAGUAUAUUCACUUGUUACAGCUCAUAUCGCUUCUAUUAUUAUGAAUUGGAAAGAAAUGUCGUUCCCCAUCGCCCAGUUUCUCAUUUUCGUUUUAUUAGCCGCAUCAGAUAUAGGUACAUCGAUAUAUAAUCGAUACGUAUUAGAUAUCAACGAACAUAUCGGAUACGCCGCUCAUUUUGCCGGAGCCCUAGCGGGAUUAUUAGUGGGAAUCAACGUUUUGAGGAACCUUAAAGUAACUAGAACUGAAAGGAUCAUAUGGUGGAUUUCUAUACUGACAUAUGGUGUUCUAAUGGGAACUUGUAUCAUUUGGAAUUUGGCGUGGAAGAGUUAUUUUCCAAAGGAAAAGUAUUAAUAUGAGUAAAGCACAUUAUCCACUCAUGUUUAACUGCUAAAUUAUUUGGUGCACUUCCAUUUCAGUUCUUUAUAUCUUUGUACCAUUUGAUGGUAUUUAUAGUAUUCGGAUCCCAUUAACUUUUGAGUUAGAGCUAAAAUUUUCAUCCAGAGACGUGUCUAAAUAUUCAGUUUAAGGUUUUCUCUUUGUUCUUAUGACUCUGGUUGUACAUAUGUUGAUCAAUCUUUGCGUUUUCAAGAUAUUGAUUCUUUUCUUCUCUCCAGUCACGAACCCAGGAAAGUGCCACGCAACAUUUCAUUACCACUUUCUUUUUGAUACUAUUAUUUUCAAUUUGAUUUUUCGGUAGUUUUCUUACUAUAUACACAUAGUAAAACGCUUUUUGAAGAUCUAUGGAUACUAUUUCUCCUUUUUUUAUAUUCUUGAGUCUUUUGGUAGUUUCCAUACAUAUGGACCAAAUAAAAUGCUUUUUCAAGGUCUAUGGAUACUAUUUCUCCUUUAUUUUUUAUAUUGGUAGUAAAGUAAGUAAGGGACCAAGUAAAACGCCUUUUCGAGAUCUGUGGAUACUGUUUUUACUUUUUUCCAAUAUUCUUUAGUGUUUUGACAGGUCUAUACUUUAUGGACCCAUUAAAAUGCCUUUUCAAGAUCUAUAGAUAUUGUUUCUCAUUUUUUUGUAUAUUCUUCGAUCUUUCGGCAGUUUCCAUAUUACAUGGACCUAGUAAAACACUUUUUCAAGAUCUGUAAAUAUUAUUUCUCAUUUUUUUAUGCAUUCUGCGAUCUUUCGGGUUUUGAUAACAAAGUUAUCGUCUUCAAAGACUGAAAGUGUUCGGUAUGAAUUCCAGUUUUCUUAAUUGUUGGACACAUCAGUGGAUAAUGUUUUUUAGUAUUUGAUUUCAUUGAAUAUCAUCGAGAUUAUUUACACUUGUUUUUAUUGACACCUUAUAUAUUUUAUUAUUCAGUAUUUGUUUAUUAUUUUGGUUGAAAAAUCGUAUUAUUUAUAGUUUAAUUUAAGUUGUUAACGUCAAUCGAGAUUUUUUAGAACUUUUUUUUAAAUUCUAUAACAAAUAAUACCUAGGUAAGGUAUAGGCAGCUAGUUACAUUUAUUAGACAAAAUUAAAACUAAAGUUGCAGAUUUUUUUUCAAAUUUCGUUCGUUCGAUGAGCUGUAUUGUUACUAAUUCGUCCACGACACAGACCGUGAAGUCGGUCCUGUUCGAUUAUGUUAAUAUAAUCGCACUGGGUACAAAUUUCCAAGAACGGUUAUGAAGCAGCAAACUUUUGAAUUGUUUUUAUACAUAUAUACACCAUGUUACGACCGUUUUAAUAGAAUUAAUUUUUAGGAAAACUCAUUAACUCGAAUAUGUUUUUACCUCAAAUUUGUUUGUGAAAUUGAAUUUUAUUUUUAUUUCCACGUCUUGACUCGACUAUAAAAAAUCUCGAAUAACAGUAUUUUAGUUAUAACUAUUUUUAUUAUAUUUUUUUAAAUAUUUAUUACCGAAACUGUAUCAAAAUUGUUGUGAAUUUAUAAUUUGAGUCUUGAGUUGAUACUCAUCAAAAACAAAUCAGUGAAAAUCAAAAUUUCAAUCGAUUUAUCAAAUUGGUACUUUAUUGUUAUUUUUAAGUAAAUUAGGUAUACCACAAGUUUUUGGUUAUCGUUUAUCGGUGUCUGAAGAUGAUAAUUUGAGUAUAGAAACGCUCGAUAGUACAUCACAGCUUAAUCGUGUUAAUUAUUAAAAUUAUUUUGACAUUUGAAAUUAAGUUUUUGAAUUUUCAGUUUAAAAUUUGUGCUAAAACACGUAUUGCCAAUAUGGCGGUGCUCUGACGUCAAUACAUAGUAAACAAGUAAACAGUUAAUGGCAUUCUUUAGUGUUUGUUUUUUUUUAUUAUAUAAUGUCUUUUAAAAGUUAUAUUUAGUUUAUACUACCUUGAUAAUACCUGAAAAAUUAUAGAAGUGAUGAAUUUGAGAUUUACAACAACGGAAAUAUAAAAUUUUUAUUUUUGUAAAUUCCUAUAUACAUUAUUUGUACUUAAAUAUUAUAAAUAAAUUAUACAAAUUUCAUAUUCA